ACAGUUGUCGACUACUCCCAGCUGCAGCCUCUCCUUAUUUUCUCCUUGGUGUGAGCCUCCAACCAAAGAGCCACCAUGCCAGCCUACGGUCCCAGUCUCAUGGACCAGCCGUCCGAAUGGUUCCUCGCGGGACAGCCGGACACCAUGCGGAAGCUGAAGACGGCACCUUAUGACCCUAAGAAGAACUUCUGGGCUCCUGACAAGAAGGAGAUCUUCAUCAGGGUCGAAGUCAAGAGCGAGAAAGGUGACGACGUCACCUGCGUGGAUGAAAAAGGAGCGACUGUUGUGGUCAAGAAGUCCAAGCUGCUGCAGCAGAACCCGUCCAAGUUCGCCUGCGCAGAGGACAUGGUGAACAUGACCUUCCUGCACGAGGCCGCUGUGCUGGGUAACCUGAAGGAGCGUUAUGAGAACACUCUCAUCUACACCUACUCCGGCCUGUUCUGCGUCGUGAUCAACCCCUUCAAGCUGCUGCCCAUCUACACCUCAAGCGUGGUGGACCAGUACCGCGGAAAGAGGAAGACCGAGGUGCCGCCCCAUCUCUUCUGCGUGGUGGACAACGCCUACCAGAACAUGUUGGCAGAACGCCAGUGCCAAUCUUGCCUCAUCACUGGCGAGUCUGGUGCCGGAAAGACUGAGAACACGAAGAAGGUUAUUGCCUACCUGGCCAUGGUUUCCGGAACCCCCGGUGGUGGCCAGGAGAAGAAGAUCGGUCUAGAGGAGCAGAUCGUGCAGACUAACCCUGUACUUGAGGCUUUCGGUAACGCCAAGACCGUGAGGAACAACAACUCGUCCCGUUUCGGUAAAUUCAUCCGUAUCCACUUCACCAAGCCUGGCAAGCUGUCCGGAGCUGACAUUGAAAGCUACCUGCUGGAGAAGUCCCGUGUAGUGGAUCAGCUGCCCGGCAUGGAGCGUGGUUACCACAUCUUCUUCCUCAUCAUGUCCAACGGCAUCCCGGCUGUCACUGAGCGCAUCAUGACUGGCACGGACCCCUCCCUGUACCACUUCAUCAAGGAGGGUGUGUACACCGUGGCUGGUAUGAACGACCAGGAGGAGAUGGGCCUGACCGAUGAGGGUUUCGACAUCCUAGGUUUCGCUAACGAGGACAAGAACAGCGUGUACGACUUCUGCGGUGGUAUCCUGCACAUGGGUAACAUGAAGUACGCAGACAAGAAAGACCAGGCUGAUUGCGAGGAUACUGGACCUGCCGAGAAGGCAGGCCGCCUGUUCGGUGUCGAUGGCAUGCAACUUUUGAACAACAUCUUGAAGCCACGUGUCAAGGUCGGCAACGAGUUUGUGACCAAGGGCCAGAACGCAAACCAAUGUACCAACGCUACUUCUGGUCUGGCCAAGGGCAUCUAUGGCAAGGUCUUCAAGUAUCUGAUUGACAAGUGUAACGAGACCCUGGCUACUGAGCACGAGAGAGCCUUCUUCAUUGGUGUGCUGGAUAUUGCUGGCUUUGAGAUCUUCGAGCUCAACAGUCUUGACCAGAUUUGUAUCAACUACACCAACGAGAAGCUGCAGCAGUUCUUCAACCACCACAUGUUCGUACAAGAGCAGGAGGAGUACAAGGCUGAACAGAUUGAUUGGGAGUUCGUCGACUUCGGUAUGGACUUGGCUGCCUGCCUGGAGCUCAUCGAAAAGAAAGGAGGUCUGCUGCCAACCCUAGAGGAGCAGUGCAUCAUGCCCAAGGCCUCUGACCAGACCUUCAUAGAGAAGUUGAAUAGCACCCAUCUGGGCAAGCAUCCCAAGUACGGCAAGCCCAAGCCAGGCAAGAAGAAGUACGAGGCUCACUUUGAGCUGGGUCACUACGCCGGACCUGUGGCCUACAACAUCUCCAACUGGCUGGACAAGAACAAGGACCCCGUGAACGAGAGCGCUGUCAUCACCCUGAAGGGCAGCAAGAACCCGCUUAUGCCUUUCAUCUGGGCAGACUACCAGACAGCUGAGGAGCAGGCUGCUGACAAGAGCGGUGGCGGCGGCAAGAGGAAGAAGAGUGGCUCUAUGCAGACUGUGACCAGCGUUCACAGGGAGCAACUGGCUUCAUUGAUGGCCAACCUCCACGCCACCUACCCCAGCUUCGUGCGUUGCCUGAUCCCCAAUGAAAUCAAGACUGGUGGUAUCAUCGACGGGCCUCUGGUCUUCAACCAGCUGACUUGCAACGGUGUACUUGAGGGUAUCCGUAUCUGUCAGAAGGGCUUCCCCAACAGGAGCAUCUAUGCUGACUUCUUCGACAGGUACAAGAUCCUGGCCGCUGACCAGUUCGAUCCCAACGAGUUCGAGGAGGGCAAAGUGUCCUGCCAGAAGAUCUUGGACAAAAUCCAGCUGGACAAGGCCAGGUACUCCUGUGGUCUCAACAAGGUGUUCUUCAAGGCCGGCACCCUGGCUAUCCUUGAGGAGAUCCGCGAGGAGAAGGUCAACGAGAUUUGGUCCAAGAUCAGCGCUCGCGCCCAGGGCAAGCUCCAGCGCAAGAAGUACCUGAAGCUGUGGGGCUCAAGGGCGGCCGUCGGCACACUGCAGCGCAACAUCCGCGCCUGGUUCAGGCUGCGUGAUGACUGGUGGAUCAGGAUGUACCAGGCUCUGAAGCCCAAGCUGACCGGAGGCAGGGCCGAGGAGAUGCUCAAGGAAACCACUGAGAAACUGAAGGUCAUGGCGAAGACAUACGAGAAGGUCACCAAGGAGAGGGAGGAGCUACAGGCGAAAUACAACGAGGUCUCAGCCGCAAAGGACAAGAUCAAUGAGCUGCUGUUCAACGAGAGGGACAUCAUGUUGAACGGCGAGGAGCGCGUGAAUUCCCUGCUGAAGGAGAAGGCAGAACUGGACGCCCAGCUGCAGGAAAUCGAGGAGCGCGUGGAGGAUGUGUCCGACCAGAACAGGCAGAUGGAGUCCAAGAAAAUGAAGGCGGAACAGGAAUGCGACGAGAUGAAGAAGGAGAUUGAAACCAUAACGCUCAAGCUUAACAAGAGGGAGAAGGAAAAGCAGGAGGUUGAGGACAAACUGCGCGCCAUGACUGAGGAGGUGGCCGUCAACGACGAGCUGAUCGGCAAGCUCGGCCGCGAGAAGAAGAAGCUGGAGGAGCUCAAUGCGCAAACCCUGGAUGACCUUCAGUCUGAGGAAGACAAGACCCAGAACCUCACCAAGCUCAAAGUCAAGCUGGAGCAGACCUUGGAUGACCUUGAGGACAACCUUGAGCACGACAAGAAGAUCCGUGCUGAUGUUGACCGCGUCAAGAGGAAGCUGGAGAACGACCUGAAGAACGCCCAGGAUCUGGUGAUUGAACUUGAGCGCUACAAGGUCGAGCUUGAGGAGAAGCUGAAGAAGAAGGAGUUCGAGAUCAACGCCCUGAACACCAAGGUUGAGGAUGAGACUUCCCUGGCAACUCAGCAGCAGAAGAAGACCAAGGAGCUGCAGGGCAGGAUCGAAGAGCUCGAGGAGGAACUGGAAACAGAAAGAGCUGCUCGUGCCAAGCUCGAGAGGCAGCGCGCUGAGCUCUCCCGUGAGCUGGAAGACAUCGGUGAGAAGCUGGAGGAAUCUAGCGGCGCCACCGCUGCCCAGGUUGAGCAGAACAAGAAGAGGGAGGCUGAGCUCCAGAAGGUCCGCCGUGAGCUGGAGGAGGCUACCAUCGGCCAUGAAGCCGCCACCGCCAGCUUGAGGAAGAAGCACAACGACACCGUGGCAGACAUGACUGAGUCAGUCGAGAACCUGCAGAGGGCCAAGACCAAGCUUGAGAAGGAGAAGAACUCCCUCAGGGUGGAGGUCGAUGAUCUGGCUUCCAACGUCGAGCAGGUCACCAAGCAGAAGGUCCAAGCUGAGAAAAUGAACAAGCAGCUGGAGGAUCAAUUCGUUGAUGCCAAUGCAAGGUUGGAGGAGAAUGGCCGUGUCGCACAGGAACUGGGAUCCCUGAAGACUCGCCUGACCGCCGAGAACAACGACCUGCAGCGCCAGCUGGAGGAGUCAGAGGGCGUGUCUAACCAGCUCAGCAGGACCAAGAGCAUGCUGACACAGCAGAUGGAGGAGGUCAAGCGCCAGCUCGAGGAGGAGACCAAGGGCAAGAAUGGUUUCGCCCACCAGCUGCGUGCUACUCAGUCCGACUGCGAUGCUCUGCGUGAGUCCCUGGAGGAGGAGCAGGAGGCCAAGUCCGAGAUUCAGCGUAAUCUGGCCAAGGCCAACUCUGAGGUGGCGGCCUGGCGCUCCAAGUACGAGACCGACGCCAUCCAGAGGACCGAGGAGUUGGAGGAGGCCAAGAAGAAGCUGGCCGCUCGUCUGCAAGACGCCGAGGAACAGGUUGAAGCCGCCAACGCCAAGUGCGCCAGCCUUGAGAAGACCAAGAACAGGUUGGCUGGCGAGGUGGAGGACCUGAUGUUGGAUGUGGAGAAGGCCAACACCCUGGCGUCUCAGCUGGAGAAGAAGCAGCGUCUGGUUGACAAGCAGACCGCCGAGUGGAGGCAGAAGUGCGAGAACCUUGGUGCCGAGAUGGAGUCAUCCCAGAAGGAGCACCGCGCCUACCAGACCGAGCUUCUGAAGCUGAAGAACGUCUACGACGAGGGCAUUGAGGCCCUUGACGCCAUGAAGAAGGAGAAUAAGGCUAUCCAGGAGGAGAUCAACGACUACAAUGACCAACUUGCCGAGAGCGCAAAGAACCUCCACGAGCUUGAGAAGAACAAGAAGCGCCUGGAAGUUGAAAAGGAGGAGCUCCAGAACGCCUUGGACGAGGCAGAGGGCGCUCUUGAGAUUGAGCAGGGCAAGGUUGUCAGGACUCAGCUUGAACUGGCCCAGCUGAAGGGUGAUAUCGAGAAGAAGAUCGCCGAGAAGGAAGAAGAGUUUGAGAGCUCCCGCAAGAACCAGAACCGCGCAAUGGAGGGAGUUCAGGCCUCUAUCGAGAUCGAGUCCAAGCAGAAGGGAGAAGCCCAGCGUGCAAAGAAGUUCUUGGAGAGCCACCUGAACGACGUUGAGGUUCAGCUGGAGACCGCCAACAGGUCCAACGCCGAGGCCAGGAAGAACAUCGCCAAGCUGCACUCACAGAUCCAGGAGAUGCAGGUCGCCAUCGACGACGAGCAGAGGCAGCGUGAUGAGAUCCGUGAGCAGUACAACAUGUCUGAGCGCAAGUGCCAGAUGCUGGUCGCCGAGGCCGAUGAGGUGCGCGGGGCACUGGACAACGCCGAGAGAGCCCGCAAGGCCGCUGAAUCUCAGCUGGUGGAGACCAACGAGAGGCUUGGCGAGCUGAGCACACAGAACUCAGCCCUGUCUGGACACAAGCGUAAGCUGGACGGCGACCUGCAGACCAUCCAGUCUGAGCUGGAGGAGGUCAUCGGCGAGCACAAGAGCACCGAGGAGAGAGCCAAGAAGGCCAUGGCUGAUACUUCCCGCAUGGCCGAGGAUCUGCGUGUGGAGCAGGAGAACUCUCAGCACGCCGAGAAGGUGAAGCGCACCAUGGACGCCAACCUGAAGGAUCUGCAGCGCCGCCUGGAUGAGGCUGAGGCCAUCGCUCUCAAGGGAGGCAAGCGCGCCAUCCAGAAGCAGGAGAACAGGAUCCGUGAGCUGGAGGGAGAGAUCGCCCAGCAGAACCGCCUUCACCAGGAGGACCUGAAGCAGCUGCGUAAGAACGAGCGCCGCCUCAAGGAGAUGACCUUCCAGGCCGACGAGGACCGCAAGAACCAGGAGCGCAUCCAGGAGCUGGUCGAGAAGCUGCAGCUGAAGAUCAAGGCCUUCAAGCGCCAAGUGGAGGAGGCUGAGGAGCAGGCUUCAUCGAACAUGGCCAAGUACCGCAAGGCCCAGCACGAGUACGAGGAUUCUCUGGAGCGUGCCGAGAUUGCCGAGAGCUCCCUCAACAAGCUCCGCACCAAGGCUUCCAAGUCCUAAAUGGGCAAUUACCGAUGGAAGCCUAUUGUCUUGCAUCCUGCAUUAUGCAGAUGCGUUAAUUCGCAUUUGACGUCGUAGUUUGUUCUUUUUCUGAAUAAAUUACGAUCCCCAAACCACAA